UCCUUUUUAAUCCCUUCUUUCUCAGAGAACAAAACCAAUUUAGGCUUCAAUUCGUUCCCGCAUUUUCGUUGCCGCUUGCUAAAGAGCAAAAAAUGGCGAAAGCCAGUCUGAGCCGUCUAUUCUCGUCGCUAUCAAAGCACUCUAUUUCCAAACCGUCUUUCACUGGUUUCAGAUCAGAUUCGGUGACUCGUUUUGCUUCCAACUCGGCGACUCACUUUGUAUGCUCCUCCGCUCAGCAAUCUCAGUUGAACCAUGGAGGAAAGGUCGACGAGGAAGAUGGGAAAGCUGUGAGAGGGAAUCUUGAAUCGAAGAAUAAAGAAGAAAGUGAAGGCGUAGAUGAAGAAGAUCAUGUGAAUAAAGAGACGGGGGAGGUUGGUGGUCCUAAAGGCCCGGAGCCCACUCGGUACGGUGAUUGGGAACGCAACGGUCGUUGCUACGACUUCUGAAUAUUGAGGUUUUUUCCUUUCUUUUUGGUAAUGUAGUUUGCUAAAUUUUUAUAUCAUGAAUGUAGA